UAAGUAUAGUGGAUGUGAACCUUUUCCAUCAUGGCGUCGUCCGGCUCAGAUAUGUCCUUCUGGAUUGGAUUCUUCAAAGAAGCAGGCAUACCAGCUGGGGAUGCAGCCAAUUAUGCUGUCACCUUCUCAGACAACAGGAUCACAAGGUCCAUGCUGUUGGACUUGAACAAAGAAUACCUGAACGAUAUGGGCAUUACUAUACUCGGAGAUGUGAUUGCUAUACUGAAACACUCAAAGACUGUUUUUAACCAGGAUGUUCGUGACCGUGCUUUAAGAGAUACAUCAGCCAUGCAAGAAACACCUCAACUCAUUAAGAGAUCCACUCCUGCCAGUCGCACCCUGGGUCAUUACCUAGCCAAGGCAGAGAGAAGUGCCUCUCCACUCAUGCCUGCUGCUACCUCCAAACUCUCCAAAGAAAUGGCACUCAGACUCGGCAGUCCUAUCAAGCCAGAUGCAGCUGGUACAGUCCUGUAUAGCUCAAGUCCGAUGAUUUCUGUGACCCCCUCCAACCGUAAAGUGUUCACAGACUUUGAGACAGACUUCAAAGUGAAUGUACCAGUGAAGUCCAGUGGCGAGACUAAGAAAAAGUUACUGAAACAAAGACAGCUGGCAGAGUUGCAGAGAAUUCAGGUUGAAGAAGAAAAAAAGAAAACGGCUUCUGGCAAAACCUCUGUUUUUGAAAGACUUGGAAGUGAAAAGAAGACAACAUAUGUUGACUUAGACAGCACAUCCACAACGCAACCGUCAAUAUUUGCCCGCCUGGGCGGGAAGUCACCCAUUAAGCGAGCGGCAACAUCUACCGUAACGUUUGGAGAUGACGAUGAUGCUGAGGAGACAGAGGUAGGCCUGCCUCUGGAGUAUGCCGGGGUACUGAAGGAACCAGCCGCAAAGAAGAAGAAACUUGUGGCAAUGAAGAAACCAAAAAUACAGGAGAAAUUGCAGGGUCCGAAGAAAGUUCUUGACAUACAAACUGAUGGCGUGCUUGCUCGUCCGACAGUACCUACGACCUCGGAUAUCCGGUCCCGACUUGGCGCACGCAGUACCACUGCAGAGGUCACCAGCACCACUGCGGCGCAGCCUGCUGUCAAAGUGAACACUUCCACAAAAAAUAACAAAGGUACAAUUAUUGCAAGGACUGGCGGUGCUAAACAAUUGGACAGCAUUACAAUCACAGUUAAAACUACUCCGAAAUCCAAUAUGGCAAAAAAGCGUGUUGGAUCUUCAGAAAAUGAAUCCUCAACGUUGGACACUACUUCUCCAGCAAGCUCUGCUGCUAACAUGUCUCAGGCAGCAGGAGUUUUUGCACGUCUUGGGAAAUUAAAGUCGUGAUCAAAUUAUUUCCCCAAUAUUUUGUAAACUUAAAAAAAAGAGUCUCAGAUUUUCUAUUUUGUGUUAAAAAUGUCCAAUUUGAGUUUUUUUCGAUGCUGUCAAUACCAUGGAUUUUAUUUAAUUAUUUCAUUGUGAUAUUUUAUUGUGUACAUUCAAACUGCUGAAAAUCAGCUUUUCUAUGACCCACCUUUUAUUGCUGUUUACUAAGUGAGAUAGAUAGCUUAUAAUAAAGUAUUGUUUCACUUUUACACAGGAUUGAAGUUUUUUUUGUUUAACGAAUUUAUUAUUCAUGUCCAUUUAUGUGGCGACAUUUAUAAAACAACAUAAUUUAAACCAGUUUGUUUCCUAACUCCUUAAUUGUUUGUCUUUUUAGCUCCAUAUUUUUUCUACAUCGUAUUAUUUUUAGCUUGACUAUUCACACAAAAAUUCUAGUAAUAAUACAGUAUACUCACCAAAAUGUCAGCAUUGCUGUCUGAGUAAAAGAGUUUAAUUGCAUAGGCACAUUUUUUUUGUUUUACUUAAAAUAUUCAACAUCAAAUAUCUUUUUGGUCAGUAUAUUAUUUUUAUUAGCACAAAAAAGAAGAAUAUUCUUGCAUGCUGUUUUUGGACAGCUCUUGUUCAGUUUGUUUUAAUCUUAAUUUAUAUUCUGGCGAUGAAUUAUAAUUAUUAUAAAAAUUGCAAUACAAAGCAGUAUUAAGCAUGUUUUACACUCUAGACAAGAUAAGUUUUUUUACUUCUAUUUAUCAAAAAUGGCUAAAAGAUGUUCGGUCUUAUGAAUUCUAGAAUAUACUAUUUUUUAUGCAAGUAUAUGUGUUAACAUUCAAUAAGUAAACAAAGUUUCAUAAUUUGUUAAUGUACUGUGUUUUAUUGAAAACUUUAAACUACUGAUGGUUACAGGAAUAUAAACAUUUAUUGGGUGAAGAUUGAAUUUGCCAAACUUGGUGUCUUGUAUAUUAUGCAUGUAUUAAUUUACCUCUUGGUUAUUUAUUGGCAGGGUAGCCUAGUUAUUCAUUAUUCAUAUAGUAGUUCUUUAUCCUUCAUGAUCUAAAACUUCAUAUAUCCAUACCCUCAGAGUUCAUUGUUUCUUACAGUAAAAUGAAGUUAUUGCAUUUGCAUGUAUCUUUCUUUGCCCACUUUGGAACAAUCCAUUGCAUUUUAUAGUAUGAGCUAUCAGGUUUUUUUGUGUGUGCAAUAUAUUUUUUGUAUUUUUAACAGAUGAUUACAUUUAAAUAAGGGGUGGGCAAAUUUUCAUUUGCAAUAUAGUUUAACUUACAUUACAGUCUUACUUCAAUUGAUACUUUUCAAUGAUUGGUACAUGAUGUAUUGAUAUGUGUAUAUUUCUCUUCCUAAGUUAUAUAGAAUAUGUUUUUGUUUAAAAGGAUUUAUUGAUAAAUGUGAAAGUUGAAAAUUUACAUAAUGGUUGUAAUUGAUCCAAAUGCAGUAUGACCCAUUUGAUCAAACAUAGGAGUUUUUUUAUAUGGGCAGCUACUUUUAAAACUUGCUGGAUUCUGUUUACAUUGUACAGGCAUUAUUGACCCUAGUUUUAAAAUUUAUCAAAAAUGAAUAAAAAUAAGUUAGCUA